ACCUUCACGUCCUGCGAGGCCUCCGAGGCGCUUGUUCUUCGAGGCCCCAGGGCCGCGCAGCAUGAAGCAGGCACCAUGGGCUUUCUGGAAAACUACCAGGAGAUCGACCCCGUCACUUUGAACCUUUGCAUCCUCAUCGCCAGCUACGUUAUCUUGCUCCUGGUCUUCCUGAUAUCGUGUAUCAUGUACGACUGCCGGGGCAAAGAUCCUACCAAGGAGUACGCCCCGGACCCGCAGCCGACUCAGUCUCCCAUCAGGCUGGUGGUGAUGCAGAGCUCUCCGGCCCCGGUGGGACGCUGGGACACGGCCAACAUGAUCACGACCUACCACGAGCCCACGCACGCGGACUUCAGGGAGAAGAAGAGCACGAUGGUCUGA